CCCGCCCGCAGGCUCACGCCAUGGCGCGGGCCCCUCCCCGUCCCUGAGGAGAGGCGAGGCGGGGGGCGGCAGGGGACGGCGGCGCGCGGUUGCUAAGUCUGAGCGGCGAGAGACAAACAUGGCCCAAGCACCCACUGAUCCAAGUAAUGUGGAAACUGCUGACCCAGAGGAGAGUUCUCCAAAUAUGAUAGUCUACAGAAAGAUUGAAGACAUCAUUACGAGAAUGCAGGAUGACAAAACAGGUGGAGUUCCCAUCCGCACUGUCAAGAGCUUUCUGUCCAAAAUCCCCAGCGUCGUCACCGGUGCUGAUAUUGUACAGUGGCUUAUGAAGAACCUCAGCAUUGAGGAUCCAGGGGAAGCAAUACACUUGGGAAGUCUUAUUGCUGCACAGGGUUACGUCUUUCCAAUCUCAGACCAUGUCCUUACCCUGAAAGAUGAUGGGACAUUCUAUCGUUUUCAGGCACCAUACUUUUGGCCUUCAAACUGCUGGGAACCAGAAAACACGGAUUAUGCCAUCUAUCUUUGCAAACGGACCAUGCAGAACAAAGCUCGGCUGGAGCUGGCGGAUUAUGAAGCCGAAAACUUAGCAAGACUUCAGAGAGCGUUUGCAAGAAAGUGGGAAUUCAUCUUCAUGCAAGCUGAGGCCCAAGUGAAAAUCGACAGGAAAAAGGAUAAAACAGAAAGAAAGAUCUUGGACAGCCAGGAAAGAGCAUUCUGGGAUGUGCACAGGCCUGUGCCGGGCUGUGUGAACACCACAGAAAUGGACAUUAGAAAGUGUCGCCGUAUGAAAAACCCACAGAAGGUGAAAAAGUCUGUAUACGGGGUUACUGAGGAGUCUCAGCCCCAAAGCCCUGUACACAUGCCCUCCCAACCUGUACGCAAAACUACAAAAGAGGAUGUCCGGAAACAAAUAACUUUCCUGAAUGUGCAGAUAGAGAGACAUUGUUUAAAGAUGUCCAAAGUAGCAGAAAGUUUAAUAGCCUACACAGAGCAAUAUGUGGAAUAUGACCCGUUUAUAACUCCUGCUGAGCCUUCCAAUCCCUGGAUAAGUGAUGAUGCAGCAUUGUGGGACAUUGAAAUGAGCAAAGAACCUAGUCAGCAGCGUGUGAAAAGAUGGGGUUUCUCCAUGGAUGAGGUGCUGAAGGACCCAGUAGGCCGAGACCAGUUCCUUCGUUUCCUGGAAUCAGAAUUCAGCUCAGAAAACCUCAGGUUUUGGUUGGCUGUCCAAGAUCUUAAGAAACAACCUCUACAGGAUGUAACCACCAGAGUGGAAGAAAUCUGGCAAGAGUUUCUAGCUCCUGGGGCCCAAAGUGCUAUCAACCUGGAUUCCCACAGCUAUGAGAAAACAAGCCAAAAUGUCAAAGACCCAGGGAGAUAUACAUAUGAAGAUGCACAGGAGCACAUUUACAAGCUGAUGAAGAGUGACAGCUAUGCGCGCUUCCUCCGUUCCAAUGCUUACCAGGACUUACUGCUGGCGAAGAAGAAGGGAAAGUCUCUGGCGAGCAAGCGCCUCACAGGCCUGAUGCAAUCCUCCUGACAGCUGCAGCCCACCGCCCCGUGGGAGAGACAACUGGGACCGCUGCCGGGGACGGGGCAUUUUGGGGACAGCGGGUCCCUGCGAGGGAGCGAGCUGGAGUGAGCACAAGCGGGAAGCCACGUGCAGGUGAGCGCCUCUCCUCACAGUUUACAUCGACACUUCCCUGCCUGCACAGCUUUGUAAGGACGCCGAGCUCUGCAGGUGCUUUGUUUCCGACCGGGGUUUGGAGGAACGCACUUCACCAUACACAGAAGGCUUGCUGGCUUGUUAUUUAAGGGAACGGACUCAACCGCAACUUGGAGAAAGAAGAGCUGAGAGAGAUCGGUGUUCUUCCUUCAUCUCUUCUCUCCCUGGCACAAACAUGGCUCUAAUAGACGGCGCUGCAAUCUCACUUGCUCCCUUUCUUGUGGCCAUCUGGAUCCAAUAAAAUAUCUGCUGGAAGCUACUUCUCCUUCUCACAAAAUCCCAUGCAUUUCUCCUGCAGAUUCAUUGACUUUAACUUUGUUUUUCUUUUCUAUGUCUCUCCUCCUUUAAAGCCAAAAAGAAAAAGAAAAAAAAGGCACUAUUUAAGUUCAUCAUUCACUGUCGUUCCAAUAGCAUGUAUCUUACCCAGAGAUGAUGGCCAGAUCCUCAGCUGAAGUCAGGAGAGUUGAGUGGUUUUCAUCACCUGAGGAUCUGCCCCAUGGAGUCAGACUCUGAUCCUGGUGCAAAUCCUCUGAUGUCGGCGGACUCGCUCUGCAUGUGCGCAUAGUGCAAAUGUGAUCAGACUCUGCCUGAUGCUCAAAAAGUCAUGUUUUAGAUGUGUAAUGCACACAGAAACACACACAGAGACACACACGCACGUGGUAUUUAAAAGUGAAUUGGUUUAUAUUGUAUUUGAUUUUCUAUUUAUUUAAGGGUUUGCGUAUUUACUCAAUGAUGGACGUUCAAGCUUUACUUCAAGUAGAUAGAAUCGGACUCCAACUGCAAUUGUAGAGGGCCAAAAUCUGCUCACAUGUAUACAGGGAAAGGCAACUCUGGUAUGGGCAGGUGUCAAAAUUCAGCCUGCGGUGAGGAGGGAAUUGAUGGAGAUGGGACCGCCAGGAGCAGGAUGUGAAAGGGCAAGGUGCUGGGUGGUGCCAGGUAACCUUUCCUAAACAGCAGCACGCCCAGCUCAGAUAACUGACUCUGCUGAGAAGCAGCAUUGUAAGCGUGAAAUUGUACCGCUGGAGGAAAUGAGCUUCCACUAAAACUCAUCUGACCUACAGCCCGUGAAUACAACUGCAAGAGGUGACCCAUUAGCUUGUUGCAAACUGUUGGGAGUAUGGAGGUUAUGGUGAGGACAGAACUGAACUGAUUUAAUUAAAACCCCCAUGUAUACUAGCUGCAGAUAGGAAAAUGGACUGCAUUCACAUACUGUAUAUGAAAAUUUCAAGACUCAAUUGACUCAGUGCCACAAAACCUCCUGUAUUUUACAGGCACUUCAGAUCUGAAGCGUAUGUGAAAAUAGACAUUUCUUGGUCUUCUUCACUCAUGCCAAGGCAAACUGGCUUUUUGUGCAGGUGGUAGAAAUUGCUAUAUGGCUACAAGUCUGCAUUCCUACCUAGGCAAAACCAUCUAGCUAAGUAGACAGCUGGCUAUCGACAAUAUUAACUUCUGAGGCAAGUAUUAUUCUAAUAUCUAAGGCCUAUGUGUGCACAAAAUCAGGCCAGGAUAGUUUCUGUCAGAAAAAAAGGACCUUCCCUCUUUACCCAUGACAUUUCUCAUCUUGAUACCUCUUUCCGUUCCCCCCCCCCCCCCGCCCAGAAAACUCCUAUUAUUGAUUUUACCUGAGGUCUAUAGGACCGUCUACACCUGCAUGAAUUUACAGUAGAAUAUUGAGUAUGAUAUUUGUUCUUUACACAUGCCUAUUCCCGUAAACAGCCUGCUGUCUGAGGUCUUCAGAUUUAUCCUACACAUACGUGACACACAAGUGAGUUCCAAGACUGAAGAACUGUCAUGGAUGUGCCUGUACAUUCAUGUGGUGUCCUGUGUCCUGCCUCUGAAAGGAACAUUUGGUCUCCUCCAAACUGUCACUUAGCUGUCCUUGCAGGACCCAUUUUCUGUUGCACACGCAGCCAAAGGGUCCCCUCGGGUAACAGAGGCUCUUCAGGUAACAGGCCUGGUUAUCUAUUCAUCCACAUUCAUGUGUCCCUUUACGUCAUCCCUAGGAAAAUGCAAAGGCUGGCUCUUCUCAGAGCCAUGUUGAUGUGUUUUUAUCUGUGUCAACCCCACCGUCACCAUGUGUCACCGGAGCUCUGUAAACCAAAAGCUGCUCACACCCCAAGCUAAUCUACUGCCAGUGCUGCCCAGCCUCUAGGCGAAGGUACUUCCUAUUCCUAUAGCAGGUUUGUCCUGUGAACCCCUGAACUGGUCUGCAGAGCAUUCCUGAGCAGGAUGUGCGCAUAAAGCACAGAGCUGAUGUGUAGCAAGUAGCAGAGAUGGCCAAGUGUUACCAGGGGUAUCUGCUUUGCGGUGAGUUCCUGAUACUGGACAGGUCUUCUCCUGGGUGAAGGGUGGGGUAGCUCCAUGGAGGUACUCUCCACUGUCCUCCAGCUUGGGGGCACAACAUGGCAGGACUGGAGGAUGCUGGCAGGUGCACGGGACAGGUGGAAUUUGGGUGAUGGUCUGCGCAGGGAGCGGCAAUGCCAGACUUUAACUUGGAGAUGUGCUGCUGCCCUGUGAGCGAGGCACCCUGCUCUGUCUCCCUGCUCUGUUCCUGCUGGACGGCUGUGUUGGCUGCCGCAGUGUUUUGCCUGUGGGGAAUAUGCUAUGUUGGAACAGUUGAGUGCACGGAGGGAAUUUUUGCAGGCACAGGGAGCAUGCAUAUGGGCGUACAUCAGGGGGCCUGGAUGCUGAACAGCUUGCCAUUUAAAUGCACACUCGUGCAAGCUAAUCUGCUCAGUAAUGGCUAGCUGAGCGGACAGAGCUUCAUAUUCUCUGGAGAGAAGAAAUCUCUGCUCCUCAUUUCCUGACUAAAUUUCUCUAAAACAGACAUGAGAGUAGACAAGACCUCCUCCUGGGAACACAUAUGAACUGCUUUUCACAUGUCUUUUACUUCACAUAUGAUGAUACUAACAUGUAACUACUUCCACGUGAACUGCAUCCUCGAUUUAUUGCUUUUUAACGACAUUGCUUAUUCCAAGUGAUGCUGCUCUUGUACACUCACAGUAUCCCACGGAGUGUUGCAAGCGGUAAUGCACUGCUUUAUAAGCAUCCCAUGUCUUCCAACUACCUCAUCAUGCUGAAGAUGAGUUAGGAAAUCAGCUUUCCACCUCUAUUUAUGUUCUAAAUCACAUUGUUUCAAGGAAAGGUAGUCUGGAAACCUUUUACAAUGUCCAUGCUGUGCAAGCUAGCUACAAAGCUUCCCAUACUUACAGGGCUAUGGCUGUGAAAUAUGGCUGUACACUGUUAUUUGGAUAAUAGAGUAUCCAGAACAUUUGUGGCUAUUGUGGCGAAAUGGCACCAGGACAAGCACUAGGAAGGUUCAACAAGCCUGUGCAGACAGAGUUAGGCUAAAGCAAAUGGAUUAAUGUACUCUCAGUAUAAUUCAACACUAAGAUCCCAUAGAGUACUGUAAUAAAAUGGUAGCAGGGCAGCCAUAAAAAGUGGCAGUAAGCUGACAUAAUAAUACCAGGAUAAAUGUAGCAAUAAGGUAACACAGGCCGCUGCAGUAAAGUAGCAUUUUGAUAAUGCAGCAAUAAGACACAACAGGAUGCUGCAGUAAAUUAGUUUGGGGAAUAAGGCAGUAAUAAUGGUGUGUGAGGACAAACGGUGGUACAUUUGUACCAGGUACUGCAGCAAUAAAGAUAGCACAAGGUGUCCUAGUAAUAAGUUACUACAGUAACAACACCACGGUGAACUGUAAAGUUAUAUCAGGAUGCUUCCAUGCUGCAGUCAAAUCCUACAAGAGGUGGUAGCGAGACAAUGAAGACAAAAUAUGCCCCAUUUUGGACCGCAAAAUACAAGUCAGUUUUCUGCAUGGUGACCCAAAUUCUGGAAUGAUCUCAGCGAUACCAAUCCUAUUGCCCCCUCCCUUCAAGGAAGCUGAGACAAGAGAGUUCCACCUUCUAGUCUAAUAUUUUGGGCUGAAAAUACAAAAUUGACUCAUUGUCUCUUCAGCCAAAUUGUCACAGACUGUGGUGAAGUUCUUCAGUUAGUCCUUACUCAGGUGAAACCCCCUUGAUUUCAGUGAGUCCUUUGACUUGGAAAGGAUUUGGCUCUCUCAUCUUCUGGCAUGGGUGAUCCUUUUAGCCUCCAAUUAUUUCUGUUUUGGGGUGGGGGAAGGGGAACCCAGGUACAGAACAUCUGACUGUACUGGUUUGUUUCCUGAAAUGCACAAAUAAAUUUAGCAUCCUGGAAAAGUCAAAGCAAUAAGUACCAAAUCUGUUCUGUCUGUCAUGCAUGCAUGCACACGUGAAUAAUCCUGCUGGAAUCAGUGCAGGUCCUGGAUGCAUCCAUGGGCAAGGCUUGGCCUAACCCUGUUCUCAGUGUCUCCAGCUGAGUGACGGAAGCAGUGUGUCUU